AUGUCGGAUAAACGAAGGCAAGUAGCCAUUGUGAAAGCAAAGCAACAAGUUGCACAGAAAAAAAGACGGCGAAGAACUGAGGAUAGUGUAAAGUCUCAAACUACCAAUACAUCAACAAUUCGAUCCCUCAACUCCCCGAAAUUAUCUUCUUCCACUACUACUACUCCUACCUCAUUUUCUACUAGCACACCCACUUCUAAUAUUAAUAAUAAAGUUUACCCAUCUUCGUCGUACUCUUCCCACUCGCGGCAACUUACAGGCAAUGACUUUGAAUCACCUUCCGAUCGAUCUUCGCCUAACGAGGAGGAAGACGACGAAAGGGAGCAAGAUCCCGCUCAAAAGCAUCUAACUGAAGACGAGGAAGAUGUGGUGGAUUAUUGUAAAGGUGGCUAUCAUCCUAUUAAGAUUGGAGAUCAAUUUCAAAAUGGAAGAUAUGUGGUUGUGCGAAAAUUGGGUUGGGGUCAUUUCUCUACCGUAUGGCUUGCCAAAGAUACAACUCAUGAUCGUCAUGUUGCGUUAAAGGUUGUGAAAUCUGCACAACAUUAUACAGAAACAGCAUUGGAUGAAAUUAAAUUGCUUAAAAAAAUUGUAAAUACUAAUCCUGAGGCUCCUGGUCGUCGUCAUGUGGUUGAACUCUUGGAAGAUUUUCGAAUCGAAGGACCAAAUGGUCAACAUGUUUGCAUGGUGUUUGAAGUUCUUGGUGAAAAUCUGUUAAGCUUAAUUAAGCGUUACAAUCAUCGUGGAAUUCCGGCGCCAUUAGUCAAACAGAUUACUUUGCAAGUGCUGAUGGGUUUAGAUUAUAUGCAUCGAGAAUGCGGUGUAAUUCAUACUGAUUUAAAACCGGAAAAUGUGUUGGUUUGCAUUGAAGAUGUCGAGGAAGUGGUUAGGCAUGAACUUUCGACUUCAAGUGUUCCAAGGACAACAACUCAUAAGAAAUCAUCAAGUGAUGUCAUCUUGCGUAUAACCAGCAGUCAACCUUUAUCAUCACCUACGUCCGUUUCCCCAAGAUCAUCAAAAUCUUCCUCGAUAUCUUUCUCACGCGUUUCACAUCCACCACCAAGUUCCACAUCAACCAAAGGAAUGUCAAAAAGUCAGAAAAAGAAAUUAAAAAAGAAGAGAAAAGCUGAAAAGGAACAAAAUUUGUCGAAUGGCAUUACAAAAAAUGCUGCAGUUGACACUACUCAUAAAUUGAAACUGAAUCUCAUGAAACAUUCGGAAGUCCCAUGGAAACAAUGUCAUAAUUUGGAACGUAAUCUUAACGAUAUUUCCCUUGCGGACAAAUCAAAAAUCAUCAAUCCAAAUUCGUCAUCAUCAGAUUCACGAAGGGCUUCAUCCGCGUCGAAAUUCACUGCUGAGCUUCCACGAAUUAACGUGAAAAUUGCUGAUUUAGGUAAUGCUUGCUGGGUGGAUCAUCAUUUUACGAAUGAUAUUCAAACAAGACAAUACAGAAGUCCCGAAGUUAUCUUGGGCAGUCGUUGGGGGACAAGUGCUGAUAUCUGGAGUAUGGCUUGUAUGGUAUUUGAAUUAUUCACUGGAGACUAUUUGUUCGAUCCACAAGCCGGUAGUCGAUACAACAAGGACGAUGAUCACAUCGCACAAAUAGUCGAGCUACUGGGUCCAUUUCCAAAACAUCUGGCCUUGGCUGGCAAAUAUUCAAAUGAGAUAUUUAACCGAAAAGGCGAACUUCGUCAUAUUCACAAGCUUCGCUACUGGAAACUUCCCGAUGUUCUCUGUGAAAAAUAUCUUCUUCCUCGAAAUGAGGCAGAACUUUUCGCCAAUUUCCUAAUUCCAAUGUUGGAUUUGAAUCCCGAAAAACGUGCCUCAGCAAAACAUUCAUUAACUCAUCCUUGGCUUGAGGAAGGCUACUAUGAGGCAUCCAAUAAUAAAGCACACACGACUACAACGGCGACAAUGUCAACUUCAUCAUCAUCGACUUCACAUGUAGCUGCAACGUCAUCUUCUCGAGUUUCUGCUCCUAUUCCAACUAAUGGUACAAGGAAUAAAAGUAUCACAACAAAGAGUCAUAAUAGUUUAAGUACGAAGAGUUAA